ACCGAUUUCUGUAAUUUUUUUACCAAACCAAUUUGUGGCAGAUAGAUACCUUUUAGACAGAUCAGAAUCUACAUAAGCCAUCCACUUGGUGUCCAGUUUCAAGCCGAGAAAGAAGUUACGAAGAAUCACGCGAAGCAGAGUUGGAGUCUCACAAACCGAUUGAAGACGGAACCAACCAUAUGGUUUUGGUCGACGGGUCGAAAAUCUGGUUAACGUUUAUGACAAAAGCGAGGAUACAUUUGAUUGAAGUAUGAAAAUAAACGGGUUGACGGAGGAGAUGGGUAGUGUCCGUGUUGAGGAAAAAGAAGAAAAUAUAAAACCUCAAGUCUCGGGAUGGAAGUUUUGGCGUAUGAGAAGGUAUGUCGUGGCUGUUCUAGCUUUCUUCGGAUUCUUUACAUCUUACGCAUUAAGAGUAAAUUUAAGUAUAGCUAUAGUAGCAAUGACAGAAUUUAGAAAUGUUACUUUGGAAAAUGGAACUGUUACUAGGGUAAGAGAUUUUGAUUGGGACACAAAGCUUCAAGGAUACAUACUCAGCUCAUUCUUCUACGGCUAUAUAACAACACAACUUCUCGGAGGAUAUUUAGCAUCCAGAAUUGGCGGAAAAAGAGUUUUUGGUGCAGGUAUAGCAGUUACAGCAUUAUUAACUUUGGUAACCCCUUGGAUAGCACAAACCAGCGUAUAUCUUCUGCUGGCAGUCAGAAUUAUAGAAGGUAUUUUUGAGGGUGUAACGUAUCCAUGCAUCCACGCCAUUUGGGGAAAAUGGGCACCUCCCCUUGAAAGAAGCCGUUUAGCUACAAUAGCUUUUUCCGGAAGUUACAUUGGAACUGUUGUGUCGAUGCCUCUAUGUUCUAUUUUAGCUUCAUCGCUAGGAUGGGAGAGUAUUUUUUAUUUUUUCGGUUCAGUUGGUUUAGUUUGGUGUGGUUUGUGGGCUUGGGUGGUAACUGAUUAUCCGGAAGACGAUCCAAAAAUAAGCAAAGAAGAACUACAGUAUAUAAUUAAUAGCCUUGAAGUGAAAUCCGAUAAGAAAACAAAGAUACCAUGGAGUUCCUUCGUGAAGUCGAUGCCAGUUUGGGCUAUAACCGUGUCACAUUUUAGCGAAAAUUGGGGUUUUUAUACUAUGUUGACGCAGUUGCCUAAAUUUAUGAAACGUGUCCUAAACUUUGAUCUCAACUCAGCAGGUUUCCUUUCAGCCUUACCAUAUCUACUAAUGGCUAUAAUGACACAAUUUUCCGGUCAUUUCGCAGACUGGUUUUUAGUGAAAGGUAUCUUGACAACGACGCAAGUCAGAAGGAUUUUUAACUGUAGUGGCUUCGUAGCCCAAACAAUUUUUAUGAUGGCCGCCACCUAUUGGUUAACACCAGUUGGAGCGACGUUUUGUAUAUCUAUGGCUGUGGGACUCGGCGCUUUUGCGUGGGCAGGAUUCAGUAUUAAUCACCUAGAUAUUGCUCCGCAAUAUGCCAGCAUUCUUAUGGGGUUUGGAAAUACUUUUGCAACCAUUCCUGGUAUUGUAAGUCCAAUUUUAACCGGUUAUUUGGUAACAGAUGAGACAAGUGUGGACGAAUGGAGAAUAGUAUUUUACAUAUCUUCAGGAAUUUACUUAUUUGGAGCUGUUUUUUAUGGUAUUUUUGUUUCUGCUGAACUUCAAUCUUGGGCAAAGGAAACUGAGCCACUAAAUUCAGACAGAGGUUAUUAUGGACCUUCAAAUGGGCCAAGUGAGCAAACUGGACAAAAUGGACAAACUUAUUAUGAGAAUAGGAGUUACCAACAUGAUAGUUGAUGGCUGAAAAUGUUUGUUUUAAUUUAGUAAAAUUAAUCUAAAACGUAAUACUAUUUUCCAUCAGUAUUUUAGAAUUAUGUAUUAUUAUUUUAAUAACUUCGCAAAGGUUUUGUGGAUGGAUAAUUAAAAAAUAAGCUAGGUGUCAUAUUUGCUGUGAUUAUGUGAUUAAAAAUGCAUAAAUCCAUAUUGGAU